ACUUAAUUUCCUUUAUUUACAUUUUUGAAAACAAAAGUGAAAGUGACAAAAAGUUUUGCCAAAAUCUAUUCAAAAAAUGAACGAAGAAAUCGACGACAGCGAAUUCUACCAUGAAGACUUCACUACCGCAUCGGACUGGGAAAUUCUGGUAGCCCAUAUGGAAGAAAUCAUCAAUCAAGGGAAAUCUGAGGAGAAAAACGAAAGUAGCACAGCUGCUGGGCUCUGGGAAAUUAAAUCAGAAAAGCUCGUUUACAUCGACUCUAACUUCGAUUUUAUUUGGUACAAGAAAAACUGCGACGAGGAUCUAUCUGAAGGGAGCGAUGACAAAUCUAAACAUCCCUUGGACAAGUGGCACGAUUUUACUUUGGAAGAAUACAGUGAAGACCAAUUCAAGGAUAUUUGCUUGGCCAAAUGGUAUGGUUUAGAUGAAUUUCUAGUCCUCAGCCCUGCUGGUAAAAUUGGUGCAACUAACAAUGAAAGUCGAGCAAAAAUUUUAUUGAGUGCAGCUGCAGUAGUUGCUAAUAACUCAUCAAUAGAAGUCCCACUAUUUAUUCAAGUAAAGGACAAAUGGCAACAAGUAUAUUUGGGAGUAUACGAAGCUAAUAAUAUUCGUACUAGCUUUGAUAUAGUACAUUUGAAAAGAGGUCUCUAUUAUUGCCAAUACCUUACAGGGCUUUUGGAUCUAUUUAAAACUAAAAUCAGAUCCCCUUGUACUAUAGAAAAUAUUUUUGUAUCCUACCAAGGUACCUAUCAGCUGCAAGAAUUUGGCAAUUUUAUAUGGAAGCAAGAUGUUUUAUCCAACAGUAUGGAUAUUGAAAGUUUAUACAUUCUCCCUUUUGGUGUAACGGUUGAUCCUCUGCAAACCCUUCUACUGAAAGCUAUAUGGAGUCGUUUAUCUGAACACUCAGUGAUAGACACUGAAAGUUAUACUGACUUUGAUCCAAUGAAAGCCCAAAAGUGGCAUUGUGAAGCUGUUUUUACUCAAGAGCCAAUAUGUUUGCUUGGAGAUGCUUUGGGAGAGUUUUUGGAGUUAUUGAAUAAUGAUUCUAGUGUUUACGAUGUACUUGGGGAUUUUGCUGUUAUGCAUGUGCCAGAAAGUCAUCCUUUGGAUUUAUUGACCGAGUCGCCUGUGCCAAGUUUUUCUCAUUUGCUCAGCAGAGCUGCAAGAUCAUCGUUGAUCAGUAAUAAAAGAGGAAAUCCACCACUAAAUGAGGGUGUCUUAGUUCCCUUGCUUUAUUUUCUGUUUCCUGAUGCUGAUGAAAAUUCAAUGUUCCCUUAUGGAGUAAAAGACGAGAAGGAGCCAAUCCAGAAAAAGUUUAAGUUGUUCCAAAGCUUGGACGAUCAGUUCAAGGGAUUCAAAACUUCUAAUGAAGACUCUCUGAUAUGGAGGCUUUCUAUUGUGCUGUCUCAUACUCUUCAAACCUUGGGAGGUAUCAAAGCUUUUUGUCACAUAUGGUAUGAAUUCGUGCAAGAAAUGAGGUACAGGUGGGAAAACAGCAUGCUAAUUCCUGGAGUAACACCUGGAAUGCCCGACUUACGCACAUGCCUUCUCAACCAGAAACUGCAAAUGCUAAAUUGCUGCCUCGAACGAAAAAUCACUAGGGAAACUGUCAAGUAUUCUUCAGCGGAAAAUUCGGAAGAUUCCGAUGAUGAGUUUUUCGAUGCUACAGAUGACGUGGAAGAAGAUAAGAGAAAAUACUCUUUGUGGGAUAAACCUGCUGGUAGACUGAGUAAAUUUGGUGAUAUGAAAUUGUUGAAUAGUGGCGAUCCUUUGUACAUUCCUUUCACCCAAGAUCCUGUCUUGAAGACUGAGGAUCAGUUGGAGGAAGAUACUGAUAUUCUUUUAAAGUUGGGCACGAAUCAAGAAGCUUCCGAGUUGAGAGCAAGAAUAAUGAGCGCGAGCCUCUUAUCAGAUAUGGAAUCGUUUAAGGCCGCUAAUCCCGGUUCCCUAGUUGAGGACUUUAUCAGAUGGUAUUCUCCUAGAGAUUGGAUCGAAAGUGAGGAAUUGGAUGAACAUGGACAAAAAAAGGGCACACUGAGUCCUAGAAUGCAACUUGAAGAUAAUAUUUGGGUAGAAAUGUGGGAAAAUGCCAGGCCAGUACCGGCAAAUAGACAAAAACGUUUGUUUGAUGAUACUAGGGAAGCUGAAAAAGUUCUACAAUUUUUAGAUUUUAGAACCAUGAGCCAAAUAUCGGAACUCCUAGUACCAAUACUAUCCCACGCCGCCAUCUGUCGUCUAGUAGACGAAAUCGAAAACUUGUCUUCAGCCAUACCCGAUGCAGAAAGUCGCGUUUUAAGUCUACUUAAACAUGGUGAAAGAAUAUCGCGCGAUACCAAGUUCCAGCCGAAGAGAUUUGAAGUGUUUACGCAAGAGGUCAUUGCAUUGGAGCUGAAUAUAUCGCAGAUAAAUUCGUUGCAGUAUAAAUUGAAUCCACAAGGAGUUGACGAUGAAGAUGUUAAUAGGAGUAUUGGUGACCUGGCCCAUGGCAAACCUAUCAAAAUAGAGAACAAAGAGCAAUCCUUAAUUGGAUCGAGGAUUGUCUCUAUGUUUACCGAAUCCCAGCGGCUGCACAGCAGCAGCGUCUCGCCUAAUGACCAUCAGGAUUUACCUAAAAGUCCCGACGUAAUUUUUCCGGUUGCGGUCCAGAAGGAGUUCGUAUUGAGGGCGAACUGCGUUAGGCCUAGUUUAUAUUCCGCUAAGUCGCCUCAGUUCUUACGGGCCGUCUUGGGAAAGGCGGAAUUUAGAUUAGUGGGAGCUUUUUCGGAGGAUACGGCUUUCUUUUAGACUUAGAUAAGCUUAAUAAAUGAUUCGGCUCGUUUAAGUUUAACCAUUAGCGAGCAAAGAAGCAAGAGUUUUUCUACAAGACCGAUAAUGUGUUGUAAUAAAGGUAAAAACUUUCAAAUCUAUUUUUGUUUUCGACUUGAUCCAAAUGGAACUUUGGGAGGGCUGAAUGAAUAUAUUAUUGGAAAAUAGAUAGGAACGUUAUUCAUUAUAAUAGUAGAGUUUUACUGCCGUUAUGUCCAUUGCUAUCACUAUUUAAUGGGAUUAUAAAAGUUGGGGCUUGAAGCAAAAUAGCUGUUUUCAUCGAAAUUUAACAUAAAUAGGAACUUCUCAUCAUCCUGCUUUGUAUUGUAUAACUUCUUUUUAUCAAGUUGGUGUUGGGUUCAAUUACGCUAGUUAAGUUUAAUUUUUUUUAUCCACAAUCAUCAAAUAAUGGCAGUUUUAUCCACUCAUAUGAAGCGUCUAAAGUGAUACUUUAUCCACUAGUGGAAUAAAAUAACUUUAUUCCACUAGUGGAAUAAUGAAAUCAAGAAAUACGAAAUUUUUAUUUUAUUUAUUGAUAUUAACAUUAACAUUUAUAUUAAUAGAUACUCCGUUGUUCGAUUUGUCUCCUAUAACAGGAACAGGAAUAUAAGGUGUCUCCUCUUGUAAGGGGCAUUUUCCCCUUGAAUUUUGUUUGCAAUACUAAGCUUAUUGGAAAUGGAAUCCUCGAUAUAACUUUCAGCAACAGAGGAGCUUUUCCAUCCGCCAUGUAUAUGUACGUGUGAUUGUGGAUAAAACAUUCGUGUUUUAGUUGCAUUUUAUUUUGCGUGGGUAAAAUGCUUCCUAAAACACUUAUACAAUAAAUAACUAUUAUUGUUUUUACCAAUUUAGCUUCUCUGCACUAUCACAUUGACAUGAAUUAUUUUCUUCGUUGACUCAGGACCUGUGUUUCUUGAAAUAUUUUUUGUUUUGAAGAUGUGUUUCUUAUAUUAUUGUCGACGUAAAGUGGAAAACAAAUAUAUUUACAUAAUUUGGAGAAAGA